UUCGGAUGAAUAUCUGCGCCCGUGCAAAAGUCAAGAGGAGAAAUGGUCUCCGUGAAGCGAGGUAUUUCCCUUUGAAUCUUGUCUUAUUCAGAGAAGAAAGUAAAAUCAGGAUGAUACGACUGUUAUCUGGGACAUUUGGUCCCUACAGCAGCAAUCAUCUGCGUCGAGGUGUGCAGAAUGCAGUCUCCAAACAGACAACCCAACGGAACCCUUUCCGUCCCGUAGCCCUCAGACCAAACAACCCCAUCAACACCAUGCUAGCAGCCAACUAUGCCGGCUUCACCCGGGUCUACGUCGUCCUGCGGCCCAAGGUCUACGUCCACGAGGGUAGCACGAGGGCGAUGUCCAUGCUGCCGAAGAUUACACGACUGCUGAGGAUCAGAUACCUUGUUAUCGGCUCGGCUGUAGCUGGUGGAACGAGUCUCAAAAUGACCUACAACAGUUGGAAAGAGAGCAUACCGGACCUGAGUUGGGUCAAUGACUACUUUCCCGACGGAUCCCUAAUGAGGGAUAUGUCCCAUGAGGUGCGUCGGUUCACUGCCUACAUGAAACUCCCAGAGACAGGUUGGCUCAAACGCACAGUAGAGUCUGUUAAAGGACUCAUGCCUGACUUGCCUGAUGGUUCAAACCCCCAGAUUCAUGUUUUGGGUCAGGGUGGGCCUAUACCUGUAACAAACUCUCUAUUGGAAGGAUCAGGUAGCAAGAAGGCUGGUCCCGUAAUGGCGCUCAAGGCAGGAGAUGCACAGGAUACCUCAUCAGCGUCAACUCCACCUUCAGCACAGGAAAGUCAGAAGGAGAGGGAUGAACUUGAGAAAAUCAAAGAAGAAUUUCUUGAGGCACAGCUAAGAUACCAGAGAGAGAUUGACAGACUAGACAAGGAGAAUAAGAGACUGAAGAAAUCCUUGCUAAGCAAAGGAGAUAAGAAUGCUUUCGGGAGGAAAGAUAAGAAAUCACUGAUUGACAUGUACUCUGAGGUGCUGGACGAGCUCUCUGACUUUGAUACCACCUACAAGAUGCAGGAUCAUCUACCAAGGGUGGUAGUUGUAGGAGACCAGAGUGCAGGUAAAACCAGCGUUCUAGAGAUGAUUGCCCAGGCCAGAAUAUUCCCCAGGGGAGCAGGUCAGAUGAUGACCAGAGCACCUGUGAAGGUGACCUUGAGUGAAGGUCCUAAUCACAUAGCACAGUUCAAGGACAGUGGCAAGGAGUUUGACCUAACCAAGGAAUCAGAGUUGAAAGCACUAAGACAGGAGAUAGAAGCCAGGAUGAAAGGAAGUGUCAAGGAGGGGCAGACCAUUAGUCCUGAGGUUAUAUCACUGAGUGUACGAGGCCCAGGGAUACAGAGGAUGGUUCUUGUUGAUCUACCAGGGAUGAUCAGUACUGUAACUACAGGCAUGGCAGCAGACACCAAGACCUCUAUUCAGAAGAUGAUCAACGGUUACAUGGGCAACCCGAAUGCUAUCAUACUCUGUAUACAAGAUGGUGCCAUCGAUGCUGAGCGUAGUAUAGUGACUGAUCUCGUCAAUGAGAUAGAUCCAACAGGAAAGAGGACCAUCUUUGUGCUGACUAAAGUAGACCUGGCAGAGAAGAACCAUCUCAACCCAAACAGGAUAAGGCAAAUCCUUGAUGGCCGUCUCUUUCCUAUGAAGGCUUUGGGGUAUUUUGCAGUUGUCACAGGAAAAGGCAAUACAAGUGACAGUAUAGACAGCAUUAAGCAAUAUGAGGAGCAGUUCUUCAGACAUUCAGCAUUAUUCAAGUCAGGUGUCUUUAAGCCAUCUCAACUGAAUACCCAGAACCUUAGCUUUGCUGUCUCGGAUUGCUUCUGGAAGAUGGUUAGAGAGUCGGUGGAACAACAGGCAGAUGUCUAUAGAGCUUCCAGAUACAACUUGGAGACAGAGUGGAAGAACACGUUCCCUAGGUUACGAGAAUUGGACAGGGACGAGCUCUUUGAGAGAGCAAAGAGCGAGAUGUUGGAUGAAGUCAUGAGUCUGAACGAGAUCAAGCCCAAACAAUGGGAAGAGACACUAUCGAAGCUUCUAUGGGAAGGUGUAUCUAGUCACGUCUUUGAAGGAAUCUACCUCCCAGCCUCUCAAACAUUAGAUGCAGGAGCUUUUAACACCAUCAUUGACAUCAAACUCAAGGAAUGGGCUGAGAAGGUGCUGCCAAAGACGAGUAUUGAGGUUGGAAGCAACACACUUGUUGAGGAAUACUCUAAGCUUGUCGAGAAGAGUAAGAGUAAGAAGGAUCACGACACCAUCUUUGACGAUCUCAAGACUGCUGUGAAGGUGGAGAGUAUCAACAGACAUCAAUGGAUGGAGAGAGCCGUGGAAAACUUGAAAGUGAUUCAGUUCAAUGCCCUUGAGGAUAGAUCUGUUCCUGAUAGGAGGCAGUGGGACCAAGCUAUCUCAUUCAUGGAGACCAUGAUCAAGCAGAGACUCUCAGCAACUGAUAAAGAAAUACAGAAGCUGAUAGGACCAGGCUCGACAGAGAGAUGGGUCUACUGGAAGAGAAUUAGUCAGGACGAGACUAACAGGAGACUAGCAAAGGAAGAACUAGAAAAACUACUACAAGCUGCAGGGAAUCAUAUACCAGAGUUGACUGAGGAUGAGCAAACCACUGUCAAGAAGAAUCUACAGACGAAAGGAGUAGACGUAGAUAACCAUCUAAUUCAGGAGACGUGGUACCCUCUAUUCAGGAAACAUUUCAUGCACCGAUCCCUCCAUCUUGCCAACAAUUGUCGGAAGGGAUUCUAUCACUAUCAACAAGGACUCAAUGAUUCAGGGAUUGAAUGCCAUGAUAUUGUACUGUUCUGGAGGAUGCAGCGGAUGUUGGAGCUGACGAGUAACGUCUUGAGACAACAGAUCAUGAACACAGAAGCAAGGAGACUGAGCAAAGAAGUAAAGGAAGUCUUGGACGACUUUGGAGAUGAUAGGUCAACAAAGGUCAAACUACUAACUGGCAGGAGAGUGGAUCUAGCUGAAGAACUGAGUGAGUUUCAUUCUCUGUAUCUUUCAUUCAUUUCAUUCAUUUGUCCGAGGUACAUUUGA